AUGGAGACGCGUUCCAGCGAUGCGGGCCCCAGCGGGGCGGGCUCCUCUGCCCAGCAGGGAAAGAAAGACAUCAUCCUCAACACCCCGUUCCAGCGAAAGAAGGACGUGUUCGAUGCAGACGACUUUCAACCGAUCAAGUUCAUCAAUCAGAUCUAUCCGGACGAGGCGUCCUUGGGGGAUCUGGACAAGUUCAUGGACAUGCUCCGCAAGCAGAUCAAAUCCGUCGACAGGGAGAUUUUCAGCGCCGUGCGGCAGCAGUCGGGCGGGCAGGCGCGCAGCAGGCAGGACCUGGGGGUUGCGACUGGGCAGGUGGGGGAGCUGUUUGGACGCGUCCGGGACAUCCAGCGCAAGGCGGCAGACACGGAGGUGCUGGUGCAGGAGAUAUGCAGGGACAUCCGCAAGCUGGAUUACGCCAAGCGCCACCUCACGUCCACCAUCACGUCGCUGCGGCGCCUGGCCAUGCUCACCGCCGCAGUCGACGACCUCGAACAGGUGCGCGGGGUGAAAAAUCACGCCCAAUAA